AUGGUCAAGUGCUGGCGCUUGCGCGCGCGUAUUUUGCUAGUGCUGCGUUCGAUCCAGUGCGAGAUUUCCAGCAACGAGGGUUCCUUGAACUGUUUAAAUCAAGUGUGCACACGUAACAGUGUCCGAAAUGUGGUGCACGUGUUUUCGGACUAUGUGGAGAGAACGCGCCGUGCAGCAGGAGGCAAGGUGGAGAGAGUGAGGACACGAGUGCUCGAGCAAGGCUUUGGAGCUGCGAUUCGCUGCUGUGUAAAGCUUGAUGAAUAUUCGCUGGCGUUGCAUUGUUAUGAAGUGAUGGAAAGCACACGAGAGAGGCUCGGUUGUGCUGGGACGACUUACCGGUGGACGACGCGAUCGACGAAGCUGCAGAGAGGGUUGGCAUCGUGGAUGAAGUGCUGCUAG